AUGAAAAGUGUAUUAAAAAAUAUACGAAGUAUUUGCGACUCACAACCAUCAGGUUCGCAACCACUUGCGACGCUUCGUGAAAGGUGGCUAGGAUCAAUAUUUGAUGAAACAGAUAUUGAAAAAUGUGGUUGCUUAUCGGAAAAAGAAACGGUAGAAUUAAUUAAAAAACUUAAUCCACGAAUAUUACUUUGUCAAGUUGAACAUGAAGUUAAGGAAGCAAGUAAAUUAAAUCCGGAUGAAUUACAACGUGGAAAAAUUACUCGUUCACAGUUUGUUGAAAUUUACAAGGAUGUUGCAACAAGAUCUGAAAUAUAUUUUUUAAUGGUUCGAUAUGCUAAUAAGGAUUAUUUAAGUUGCAAGGAUCUUCAAUUAUUCUUAGAAACCGAACAAGGGUUAUUAGGUAUAACAAUGGAAUUUUGCAAAUCAAUUAUUGAACAAUAUGAACCAUGUAAUGAAGUACGAGAGCUUAAUCAUAUGACUGUUGAUGGUUUUACCAAUUAUCUUUAUAGUGAUGAAAAUUUUUUAUUUGAUAAUACGCAUCGAAAUAUAUGUCAAGAAAUGAAUCAACCAUUUAGCAAUUAUUUCAUUGCAACAUCUUUUAAUACAUCAUUAACUGAGGAUCAAUUAAAAGAACCAUUAAAUUGUCAAGGUUAUAUCACAGCACUUCGUCGUAAUUGUCGAUUUAUUGAAGUGGAUGUUUGGGAACCAAUAGCAGGAACUGAUGAAAGAGAACCGAUGAUCCAUAAUCGUUAUAGUACUUCUAAGCUAACCUUAUCAGCUGUCCUGAAUGUUAUCAAUGAAAUGGCUUUUCAAUGGUCAAAGUAUCCAUUAUUUUUACGAUUAGAAAUACAUUUAAAUACUGAAUGGCAAAUGAUACUUACUGAUAUGCUCUGUGAUACAUUUGGUGACAAAUUAUAUCAACCAAAAAAUGAUCCUACUGAUUGGACCGAACGACGACCAACACCAGAAGAUUUCCAAAUGAAAAUUAUUCUUAUCGGUAGACGAAUUGCUGAUGCCGCAGGUGAUAUCGGUGAAGUGAUUGUGGAAAAUGAAAAUGAUAUGGUACAAACCGAUGAAGUAAUCGAUUGUUUAUCGAAAAAUAUUAAUCGAAUGCUUAUUUGUCGUAAAUUAUCCGAUUUAAUGUGUCCAUGGGCAAUUCCAACUAUACUCAAAGAAAUGCCACUCAAUACGAAUAAUAUAUUAAACAAACAUUGUCACCUUUUAUCAUCAUCCGAAUAUAAUUGUCUUAAAAUGAUACAAAAUUUUCCGUCAGAAUUUGCUCAAACAGCUAAAGAUUAUCUGAUGCUUGUUACACCAGAUACAUCACGCACUGAUUCAUCAAAUAUGAAUCCACAAGAAUUCUGGAAUUAUGGUAUUCAAAUGGUUUCAUUAAAUUAUCAAACAUUAGGACUUAUGAUGGAUUUACAGCAGGGGAAAUUUUUGGAAAAUGGUGGAUGUGGUUAUGUUCUUAAACCAUCAAUAAUGCGUGAAGAAUUAUAUACACCUGGUGAUAUGAUACCAAUUCCACCACAAAUUUUAUAUUUACGAAUUUUAUCCGGUCAACAUUUACCUCGACCUCGUGGAUCAACAGCAAAAGGUAAUUCAACAGAUCCUUAUGUGGUAGUGGAAGUAUUUGGAUGUCCUACUGAUUGUACCGAGGAAAGGACAAGAACUGUUAAAAAUGAUGGUGUUAAUCCAUCAUUUGAUGAAUCAUUUCAAUUUGAAAUUACUGUACCCGAAAUGGCAUUGAUCAGAUUUUUGGUACUUGAUGAUGAUUUUAUCGAUGAUGAUUUCAUUGGACAAUAUACUAUACCUUUUGAAUGUCUAAAAAAUGGCUAUCGUCAUCUGCCUUUAUUGAAUAUUGAAGGUGAAGUAAUGGAAAAUUGUACACUUUUCGUCCAUGUUGCUAUAACAAAUCGAUGUGGAGGAGGGAAAGCACGUAAGCGUGGUAUGUCUGUGAAGCGGAAAAAUACACGAAUUGUUACGGGAGUAAAAUCAAUUGGGAUUAAAUUAGUGGAUGAGUAUUUCAAGCAAGCUAUUGCACCAUUAGCUGUAUCAAUUGAAAUGCGUAGCAUACUUGAAUCAUCAUUGGUUAAAUGGCGUAAUGAUUGUGGUAUUGGACCAGCUGGUACAAUACGACAAGGUCUACGACUUAUGUUGACACGGACAAAAACUGCUGCAAUGAAUGUUUCACCUCCAAAUUCACCAAAUAAAUCCAAUGAUUCCGAUGAAUUGGUUGAUAAAACGCCAGGUUUUGCAAUCUGUAGUGAUGAGAAAACCUAUCCGAUGAUCGUAACACGUGGUGUAUUUCCGGCACAGCUACAGAAAACAUUCGAUUCAAUGUCCGAACUUUUGGAUAUUUGUGCAAAAAUACUGGUUAAUACUGAACCAUUAUUGUCAAAGUUAGAAACAGCAACCAAACGUAUCACUGAAUGUAACGAUGAAUUAUCACAAUUAUGUGAUAAUGCUGGAUUACAUGGUGCAAAAGCAGCUCGAGCAAUGGAAAAUUUUGCAUGGAAUGUUCGACUUUUAAAAACUCAUUUAACAUUAAUGAGUAAAACACAAACUGAAGCUAAUAAUAUUGUCACACAAGUAUUUGAUGUUGGCUGUGCAUUGGGAGUAUUAUCUGAAAAAUCCACCGCUGAAAUAUGUGGAAAACGUUCUUCACGUUCUUCCACCUGUUAA